GCUUUCCUUCAUAUACGACGCUCGUCCACGACUGGUCCCAACUCCGUUAUACUCUGCUCUUGUGUCUGCAACUCUAAUAUCAACACGGCCUCGAGGCCCAUCAAGUCGUGGCAUAUUUUCAGAACGUCCGGAGCUCGUGGCUUUCACGCCCCGUCUGCGCACAACACCUAUAACCUAAAUCCCGUCGCCCAGUCGCCCCUUUCUCUCUUUUGCAACCUCGGGAUUCUAAUAUCCGCCCCUGCUUGUUGUCCUCCGCCUCUCCUCGCCGCAGCGGGAACAGUCCUCGAAGAAGUUUCGUGCUGCGCUCGGUUUCACAGCGUUAUCCAAAGAUACAGAUACUGCUUCUCGGUUUUCCACCCCGGUCAACAGCAGUCGCUCGAGGAUCAGUGUGGAUACGCUCUCCAGCUAUACUUCUCGGAGGAAGAGCCGCAAGGAUAGCAGGAGUGUUACGGAAGGAUUUUCGUUUGACGAGGGAAACCCUUCGAGUAACGAUAUAGACGAGGUGGUAACGAUCGACGCUUCGGAGAACAUGGAUCCAUCCCAAUCGCGACCUUUCCGGCGUGGUAUCCGGGUCCACCACCAAGACGGCCCUUGGACGAUCAGCGUGGCGGAGAACCCCCACGAUCCGCGGUCAUAUAGUCUCUAUGUGAAGACUCCUACCCACAACCUUACCCUCAUGCGUACUGCUACGGAGAUAGUCGAAUUGCAUCACAAGUUGCGCGAGAGUAAUCCCAACACACGCAUCCCCAGUCUUCCCAUCGACGUAUCCCUAUUAUCGCCCCCUGCCAAACGGAAGUCAGCGUUUCUUAACACCUUAUCUCGACUGGCUUCCCCCUCUGGAGGGAAGACGUCUGGCUCGCGUCAGUCACGUAAUCAUUCGAGCACUCCUUCAGCGAGCGCGCCGUCAAAUAUCGCCACCCCUACGAUUUCUCCCUCGCAAGAAAUCGGCGACCCGUUCGCUAAGGUGACAAACGGCAAAUCCAUGCCUUCCAGUAGUGUCAAUCUUACGGCUCUGGCAGCCUACCUAACCGAUAUUGCGAACGACCAACUUUUGCGCACCAACCGUGCUUGGAAGCGUUUCGUUCGCGUGCGAACGGACGACUUGGAGAGCGUGCGUAUCGAGCGCGCCAUCAAGCGUGUCCGGUCAGACCUUGCAUCGCAUGUCAGCCCCAAGACACCUACAGAGCGCCACGCAUCCACAGCAAACAGCUCUUCUGCCGACAUUAGCGAAGUUGAGAGCUUUGACGACGAGUAUCCAACUUCUGGUUCGAACGUCGUUACCAGUGGAGAUAUUGAUAUGACGAGCACCCUUGCAAGGGAGGUGGAUAUCAAGGAGGAGGAUGAAGAGGAGGCGGUUCAGGAGGAGAGUGCAAAGGAGGGUGACGCUGCCGCAGGACGCUCUACUCCUGAAGCAGAUACUGCCACCUUGAAUGGCGCAGAUGGCCACGCGGGGAAUGCUAGCACCUCUGACUCCGUCGACCAGCACGCUCGGAUCCCUCGGUCCCAGUCAGCCGACCCUAUGACCCGCUUGUCCAAGACAUAUACACCAUCCACUCUCAAUGGCGACAGUGCCUCUCAGACCGGCGAUGAGUCCUCGAUAUCUACUUCUACUGAUGAUCCCACCGCGCGAAAGAAGAGGUCCCGUUCUUCUGAUCCUCACAAGCAACUCUCGAAGAAGAAGUCACAGAGGAAGGUUGUCAUCAGUGACUUCGAGAUGAUUCGUGUGCUCGGGAAGGGCUGUGCAGGGAAGGUAUUACUGGUCCGACACAAGACAUCCUCAGAUUUCUAUGCUUUGAAGGCCAUCACCAAACGACACGUCUUGGCCCAUCAAGAGUUGCAGCAUACUCUGACUGAACAAGCAGUCCUGAAGCGUAUGGCUGCUGAAGGAUCAGACCCGUUCGUCGUGAAACUCUGGUGGAGUUUUCAUGAUAAGGAGAAUUUGUAUCUUGUCAUGGACUUCCACCCUGGCGGUGAUCUAGCAACUCAGUUGGCUCGAUGGGGCCGUCUUGGACGUGACAGAGCGCGGUUCUACGCUGCUGAGAUUGUCGAAGGGGUUGAAGGGCUUCAUGCUGCCGGGGUCAUCUACCGAGAUCUUAAGCCGGAGAAUAUCUUGAUUGGAGGCGACGGUCACAUUGUCUUGACAGACUUCGGUCUCUCGAAGGAAUUUCCGCGCCGGACGAAUGCCAUCACUGCACCGCCGACGCCAUCGGGCCAGAAGGGAGAGUUCUAUUCAUCUGCACCUGGCACUCCGACUCCGACGGCCCCUCACUGGAUGAAGGGUGAAAACGGGGAAUUAAGUGGUUGGCCUGGACAACCAGUAGGACAGCACGACACAACGAGUACAUUCUGUGGUACGGCCGAGUACCUGGCUCCGGAAGUGAUCCAGGGGUUACCUUACAGUUAUGAAGUCGACUGGUGGAGCUUCGGCACGAUGCUCUACGAGAUGUUGACCGGCAUUACACCGUUCUGGGCAAACAAUCAUUCUGAUAUGUAUGUAAGGGUCUUACAAGAUGAGCUUCAGUUCCCGGAGGAUAGAACCAUGGACCAGGAUACCAAAAGUCUAAUUCGCGGUUUGCUUCAACGUAAUCCUGCUCUUAGAAUCUGUGAGCCUCGAAUCAAGAAGCACCCUUACUUCUCCAUGAUAGAUUGGUCCCACGUCUAUUAUAAGCGGUACAUACCGCCAUACAUCCCUCCUAUUGAUCCUUCGAAUGCCAGCGAUACCCAGAACUUUGAUGACACCUUUCUUGAAAUGGAGCCGGUCAUCAAUGACCCCAAUGAGAAUGAUGAGACGGACACGGAUCGCGAGCGCGACCAAACUGACACCGACCGCACGGACGGGGAAGACUCUGCCUCCACUCCGUUACAGUCUCGCAGUCCUUCCGUCCACCCUGGAGAGGAGGAGGAGACGGUGGAUGUGUUUGACGGCUAUUCGUUCAAGGGUCGGCAUUCAAUUCUCAUCGAUGACGACGAAGAGGUUUCAUCGGAGGCCACGGACAACGAGGCUGAGCCAGAAACAGAAGUGUCUGAGACGGCUGAUGUCGCAGCUACUUCAAAUACCGGGGACGCAGAAGGUGCUACCGCAGCAUCUACUCCUGAGGCACGUAGUGCUGUGCUGCCAGCUGCAGAGGCAGAAGUCGUUCAUGAGGCUCUUGCCAAGCCUGAGCCGAUGGUCGCACCGACCAAUGGCCGUACUUUGACGGAGGUCUCCAGAGUACAGCCCGCCGACAAUGCUCUAGUCCAGCCGUCUAAGAAAGUGGAGCAGAAGUCGAGGCCCAAGUCCGCGCGCUUCACCCGGAGUCGCAGGGAGAAAUCAGGUAUCCCAGCUUUGGACAAAUACCUCUCAGACGCUGGCGGAGAAGAGACCGAAGCAACUGAACGCGAUGAAGAGGAUGAUGACUGGGAUUUCGUGGAAGCUGGCGAAGGCGAGGAGCGCAACGGAUCCAAGGGUCCAACUUUGUUCUCUCGAGGUGUUGUGGACCGGUAUAGGCUAGCGCUCCGAAAGGGUUCAACCCCCGCUCGAGCUGCACCCCGUGUCAUGUCCAGCAAGUCCAGCAAAUCCGAAAUUGGCGAGGCCGGUGAUUCUCCGUCCCCGUCAGAGAAACAACGUAGGGGGAGGACACCUGGCUUGACAUUCCGGAAACAUCCCAGGCAAUUCCUGCGCGCAAAAUCCCCACCGUCUUCGACUCAGUCGUCUCGCUCUGUCACAACUGUUAAGAGUCUCAGUCAAUCCGCUUCUGCUACAGUGACAUCGAGCACAUCAAAUGGGUUUUUGACUCCCGCUUCUUCGGAUGGGACUACUCUCCCCAUGUCACCUUCGUUAAAAUCGAAGGAGUCCGCUACGUCGGUUGGCAAUACCAGUGUGUCUUCCGACCAAUCGGGGAACGGGGACGGGCCAGAUAGUGAUGAUGUAGGGCCGUCGGGUACACUGAAAGCCCAGUCACCAUCAGCUGAGGAGCCGGAAAAGCAGAAGAACAAGAAACUGAAGAAGUACAAGGAAGGCGCGGAAAAGGUCCUCUCGCUAUUCGCACCUCCUCGAUAG